AAAACCAAACCGAGGCUUUCUGAGAAAGUGGGGCCAAACCUGUUGCUGUCUGACUGCCAAGUGGCUUACUAUUUAUCCCUGUAAAACCCUGCAAAAGUAUUUGAAAGGGAAGAAGGGACAGAAAACUCCCUCCUUUUCCAAGUUAGCCUUAUAGUCUAGGGCUUAAAAUACUGGUUUAAUGGUGAAGGUAAGUGCUUUUCUUCUUUUUGGGUAGCAGGAUAAUUACUAACUUAACAAAGGUCCAUUAAGGGGAGGGAACAGUUUUAGGAGAAGUCAGAGAAAAGACAUUAACAGCAACAUAAGGAUCUCCAUCUGGUAAUAUUGCCUAAUUCCAAAAUGAAGAGACUUUCUGAAAAAGAUAACUGAUUCAAUGAAGACCCUAGGGCAAGGCUUGAGAAGCCACUGGUACCAAUGGACACUGUGGACAAUGGUCAUUUCUCCAAGGACGCUAUAAAAGACUGUCGUAGUAAAAGAGAUUCAGGGAAACUCCACCACAAAGCGUGGUACCAUUUCCCACAGAAGCUAAAUGGACGGGAAGCCUGCCACCAGGAAAGGUCCAGAUUUCUGUUCAUUACGCUAUGGGCUGGCUCUUAUCAUGCACUUCUCAAACUUCACCAUGAUAACCCAGCGUGUGAGUCUGAGCAUUGCGAUCAUCGCCAUGGUGAACACCACUCAGCAGCAUGGUCUAUCUAAUGCCUCCACUAAGGGGCCUGUUGCAGACGCCUUCAGUAACUCCAGCAUAUCCAUCAAGGAAUUUGAUACAAAGGCCUCUGUGUAUCACUGGAGCCCAGAAACUCAGGGUAUCAUCUUUAGCUCCAUCAACUAUGGGAUAAUACUGACUCUGAUCCCAAGUGGAUAUUUAGCAGGGAUAUUUGGAGCAAAAAAAAUGCUUGGUGCUGGUUUGCUGAUCUCUUCCCUUCUCACCCUCUUUACACCACUGGCUGCUGACUUCGGAGUGAUUUUGGUCAUUGUGGUUCGGACAGUCCAGGGCAUGGCCCAGGGAAUGGCGUGGACAGGUCAGUUUACUAUUUGGGCAAAGUGGGCUCCUCCACUUGAACGAAGCAAGCUCACCACCAUUGCAGGAUCAGGGUCAGCAUUUGGAUCUUUCAUCAUCCUCUGUGUGGGGGGACUAAUCUCACAGGCCUUGAGCUGGCCUUUUAUCUUCUACAUCUUUGGUAGCACUGGCUGUGUCUGCUGUCUCCUAUGGUUCACAGUGAUUUAUGAUGACCCCAUGCAUCACCCGUGCAUAAGUGUUAGGGAAAAGGAGCACAUCGUGUCCUCACUGGCUCAACAGCCCAGUUCUCCUGGACGAGCUGUACCCGUAAAGGCGAUGGUCACAUGCCUACCACUUUGGGCCAUUUUCCUGGGUUUUUUCAGCCAUUUCUGGCUGUGCACCAUCAUCCUAACAUACCUACCAACGUACAUCAGUACUCUGCUCCAUGUUAACAUCAGAGAUAGUGGAGUUCUGUCCUCCCUGCCUUUUAUUGCUGCUGCAAGCUGUACAAUUCUAGGAGGUCAGCUGGCAGAUUUCCUUUUGUCCAGGAAUCUUCUCAGAUUGAUCACUGUGCGAAAGCUCUUUUCAUCUCUUGAUAUGCAAGUUUCCUCAUGGGAAUCUCAAGGGGAUUUGGGCUCAUCGCAGGAAUCAUCUCUUCCACUGCCACUGGAUUCCUCAUCAGUCAGGAUUUUGAGUCUGGUUGGAGGAAUGUCUUUUUCCUGUCUGCUGCAGUCAAUAUGUUUGGCCUGGUAUUUUACCUCACAUUUGGACAAGCAGAACUUCAAGACUGGGCCAAAGAGAGGACCCUCACCCGCCUCUGAGGACAAAAAGUUACAAACUUAAAUGUGGUACUGAGCAUGAACUUUCUAAACAUUUUUUACUUAUCUUCAUAUUCUUGACCAUAGACUCAGCAGUUCUUAACUCUGACUGUGUGUUAGUCUUCCCUGGGGAGCCUUUAUAAGAUACUGAUGCCUGGGACCCACUCCAGAGAUUCUGAAUGAAUUGGUCUGGGGUAGAACCCAGAUACCACUAAUUUUUAGAUACUCCUUAGAGGUUUCUAGCAUGCGCCCGGGGUUGACAACAGGUGGACAAACUUGAAAAGUCAAUUCAUGUGGCCUUUGAAUUUUCCUCAUUGGAAAGUACUAAAUAAAUAAAAAUUCAUGUGAAAAUGAUCACUGAUAAAUAUCUUUGUGGUGGGGCAGGUUAUUGGAUACAGACAAGAUCUGCUUGGAAUUGUAGCCAUAUGUUACAGAUCUCAGCACCGAUCAGAACUGUAAAGCUAUAAUCCCCAGAAUUAAAGUUUUUAUUAUUUUUUAUACAUUGCAAAACAUGGACGUUUAUUUAUGUGGUUAAAUUCUAUUAAAAUUUACAUGCUAAAAUAAAA